CCCCGCUCCUCAUGGCCGGUUGGCGCUCACUGAUCUCUGCUCUUGCCGCCGGAGAGCCCGGCCAGGACUUCUGAAGGGAGCAACGGCGUAGCGGAAUGCCUCAUCUUGAGGAGAAAUCUCCUUCUCAGGCCUGGUUCUGAGUGGGCAGAAAGCCCUGCCCGAGGGGCUGACCACCCCUGGCCAGACCUUGACGCCCCCCAAGCCAACUGACCACGCUGCAGGAGGGGAAACGCAGCCCACGAAGCCAGCGGAGCCUGGCCAGGAGAGCAGAAUUGCUCCUGCUGGAGCUGAUCCCAGCUUGGUGGCCACUGGCUGACGUCGGGGAGGAUUCUCUAUGGGGACAAGCAGGUCCCUUGCCUGAAGUGACCCCCUUGGCAGGAGCUCUGGGAUCCCAACUGAUGCUCAUAUAGUUUCAACCUCACCCACUAGCUCUCAGGAGACCUGGUGUUAUGCUCUGGGGACUGCCGCCUUUCUCCCCAAGUGUAUUUGAUGAGGAGACACUUGGGGCCAUCCCUGGGGUCCCUCCUCACCUGCCCGAUGGAGAUCUGCCCCAGUACCGGCUCCGCCGGGGCAGGUUUGUUAUCCCUCCUCCUCGUGACCGCACUGAGCAGCCCCUCGCUGCAGAAAUCCCUGCCUGCGGCAUACAGAGACCACAGGGGUCCCCAGAGGCACACGGGCCUGAUCCAGUGCGGGGAAUACAGCAACCAGGUGCUGCCCAACGGCCUCUGUAAGAUCGUGGCCACGCUGCCGCAGGGCGAUGAGCAGCGGUGCCCAGACAUGUUUCGUUGCACCGAUGAAGUGUCUUACUGGCUCCAUGAGAAUGAGGAACGCAAGUGGCAGGUCUUGGAGCUGCGGGAGCUGGUUUCAGAGCUGCAGGAGGAGCUGAGGAACCACCGGCACCACAUCAAAAUCCUCGAGCUCCAGCACGAGGAGGCAACCAGCCGGAACCACAGCUUGGCUCAGCGGGUGCAGGACCUGGAGCAUCGUUACAGUGAGGCCAGCACGCUGCAGCACAUCCAGGCCACGCUGCUCUACGACAUGCAGGCACAGCUAAACAACAUUUCUGUCCCGACCGACGGGGCCUGGCACAAUCCCGCCUGCCUCAGACCUGCCGAGAUGAGGCUGCAGGAGGAGACGCACCAUCCAGACGUGAAGCACGCCAGGAACUGCCCCAUCGACUGUGCUUCCAUUUACUACAACGGGGUCCGGCAGUCCGGGGUCUACAGCAUCAUGCCCUCGCUUGGAGGGAUGCCUGUUGAAGUGCUGUGUGACAUGGACACUGAAGGCGGGGGCUGGACGAUUAUCCAGAGGCGUCAGGAUGGCUCAGUUGACUUCAACCGGACCUGGAACGAGUACAGGGAGGGCUUUGGGGACCUCAGUGGCGAGUUCUGGCUGGGCAAUGAGAACAUCCACAAGAUGACGAACCAGGGAGACUAUUCUCUGCGCAUUGACCUGGAGGACUGGAACAACAAGCACAAACAUGCCUUCUACCAGGUCUUCAGCAUCGAGGACGAGGAAAACUCUUACCGCCUGCACGUGGACGGGUUCAGCGGGACGGUGGAGGAUUCCUUUGCCUGGUACCACAACAAGAGGAACUUCAGCACACCCGACUCAGGGAACCUCUGCGCCGAGAUUUGCCACGGGGGCUGGUGGUACCACCAGUGCUUUUACUCCAACCUCAACGGGGUGUACUACAAGGGCGGCCGAUACUCCAUGAAAAACCGCAGGAUCCGGGGACCAGAUGGGAUCGUGUGGUACUCAUGGAAGGACACAGACUACUACUCCCUGAGGAAGGUGGUCAUGAUGAUUAGACCACGCACUUUCCGGCCCCACAUCUCCCCGUGAAAGAGCCUGGGACAGUCUUCGUUUCAUCUCACGUUGGGCUGCAAAUAAUUUUCUGUGAGCAAAAACUGACGCUGGAGAUCCCUGAGGGACUGAGCAUGAUGCCCGUGGCUGCUUGUUUGCUUUCAAGACAAUUGAACCAACAGCCGAGGUGUCAAGACCUUUAAGAAGUGUUUGGGUGAUGAAGCUUUCCUAAAAACGUGGAGGUGAUUGCUGAGACAGGUUUUGCAAAGCCAAGCACGUGGCUUGCCGGGUCACUGGGUAGCAGCAGAACUUGGCGGGCUUGGACAUCCCCAAGGCUUGAGACUAAAUCCAUUUGACCGGGUGAUGGGGGUCAGCCACAAUAAGGCUGGACGGGAGAUGUUGGGUGCUCUGGCUACCAACCCAACGGUAUUUUAGAGAGAAGAACCCGCAACCCUGUACGAGUUUUCCCCAUGGGACGGCAGGGACCAGUUCUUGUGCUGUAAGAUGAUUAUCUCUCCGGUCUCGGAAGAGUUUCUCUGCUCUCAUCACAGUGUCUGUAGGUCCACCACGCCGGGGCUGGGCUACGGUGGCUCCGCGGUGCUGAGCUGGCCCCGAGGAAAGCCGGGGAAGCCAGCGUGCAGCGCUCAGACACCACGUCAGGGACCAACAAGGAGGAAGGUCUGCAGUGGCCCUCGCCUCCUCUGGCAGGGGUUGUGUUACACACGUGGACAUUGGCUACCUGCAAUAAUUAAAACUCCAAAUGAAAAGAUUUACAAAUAAAAUUUUGCAAAGUUUUGCCAUUCUGUUUUCACCUCUAUGUCCUUUCUCCCACACGGAAAUUCUGAUGAAUUUUCUAUCCCCCCUAGAAGUGGUCUGCAGGAGUGGUCAGACAUGAUUCUUUUUUAACUGCCUUACUCCGGAUAAAGAAGAUUUGUUGUUGCUGUGUUUUCAUUUUCCACUUGUCGCUACAGAGGGAACCCUCCUUUUUUUCCCUGACUUUGCCUCCUCACAGGAUCAGGAGAUGGAGGCUGGGACUUGGCCUCAGCCCUGAUUGUGUUUGGUGAUGAAUAUUUAAUUAGAUUAACUUUUUCCUGUUUCAUGCGCGCAGAUGAGUUCAAAGAGGGUUCAUCAAAGAGGAAAGGCGUAUGUACUAGAGACAAAGCACCAUUCCUCCCAACUACUUGUCUCCGGCUUGAUGUUCUGAUGGUUUCUGUAGCUUUUACACUACUCUGGACUAUAUUUGACCUGGAACUUAAUUUUUCAUGGGCAAAUCGAGAAAAGAAGUUACCUUCCAGGCUUACUACAAACUAAUAUCCCCAAGAUAAUAAACCAAAUGUUAUUUGUCCUUCCCCCUGCUAGGUUUGCCUUGGUGAUCUUCCUCAGGGGGGUGUUCACAAGAUCUUCUGAUGGUGUUUGGGGUCUGAGUUGGUCUACGCUGCUCUUGUACCAUCACUUGCCGUGAACAUCUGGGCACUACCAGCGGUGGGAGGAGAUCUUUCUUGCCUCGUGGCACACACAUAUCUGAUAUAAUGUCGUUCCUUCAGGACCUGCCCCUCCCUCUUUGGACUGCAGGCGUUCAAAAGGCCAUGAUGUCCCCUGGUUAAGCAAUAUCUUACUAAGAGACUAAUAAAUCACUUGA